AAUUGGUUAUACAUCUCCAAGGUGACAAGGUUCUAUAAACAGUAGCCAAGUGCGGGGGAGGUGAGGCGCGUGAAGCUAGUUUUCAUUUCAAGGCACUUAGAAAGUUAUAAAGCCUUUUGAAAGGCCAAGAGAAAAGAAAAUAACCAAUACAUUUCUGAAGCGUAGAACAGACAUUAAUAAAGACCACCAACAAUUUUUGGGCGUCUUAAUUAAUCCUGCUUUAGGAUUUGCCGCUUUGAGUGACUCCUAGACUUUUCCCCAGUGACUUGCAGUAACUAUCGGUGACCGUCUCGAUUUUUACACCCAAACGAAAUCAUGCCUGGGGACUCGGGAAAAACAGACAUGGAAAGGAUCGGCCUGUUUCAGGAGAUGAGCUAUAUCUCGGUUCAAGAUCCGUAUGUCGAUGGAAUGCCAAAACCUUUCAAUGAGGAGGCUUACAAAGGCAAACAAUUGUUGGUGGAAGGCUCAAAAAAGAAGGCAGCCAAUCAAGCAGGAUACUUUGAUCGUGAAUUUAUGCGCAUUUUCGAAAAGGAAGCCUAUUCUGAUAGGGUUAAAUUAAGAAGACAAGCGAAAUUGAAGGCAGCUCGAAAGAACCUCGAUGGAGUUUUCUUUCCGAGUCAGACUCCGAAGAAGUGGUCUGGUUUGGGAAGUUACUAUGGAACGAUCGGUGGUUCUUUCAAAGCCUUCAGUGGAGUAGCGAAGCCAAAGCCACCAUUCGUUCCGGAAAAUAAAAAUUUUUACACCAAUCCUGGAAAAAAAGGAACUGGCUAUGGGUAUAAUAACGUUACCAUAGGCACACCAUAUGAACACUCUCCAGAUGCUUAUGUAGUGAAAGACACAAAGAAAGAACAACUCCUUGGAGGACCAUUUCGAUUGAACCUUUACCCUAAGGAAUACUUUGAUGGUAACCCCUACAGGAGUGAAAAAAUUUUGCCUCCAAUAAAGGAGGCGCCCCCAGUGAAAAAGAUAGAAAUACCUUUUAAACCUUCCUCUCCCGGAAAAUCGCUUGGCGGCAUGAAGGCAGGUGCAUUCGAUGUUUAUCCAGCUCAUUUCAGUACCUUAAUGAAGGAUGUGAAAGAAACCCAAAAACCUGGUAGUCAUUUAGUUUUCAGACCCAACGCUGGACUUAAGAGCAGGCCAGUUAAAAGUGUGCUUGCAACAAAUAUCAACAAGGUGGUGAACAACAUGAACUACAAGACUGUCAAUCGUGUAAUGGCUUACUGAUGAAAGGAUACACAGUUUGCAAUGUAGAAGUUCUCAGCUAUUGUAAAGCCACCUUGCAAGUCAAGUGAAUGCUGAAAGUACUCUACAGAAAAUUCCUGUCCUAUUUCAUUAAUCCAUUUGUAACAAAAUGGAGGAUGGAAAUUUCUCAUUAUGAGCCAGUUUGGUGGAAUUAUUAUUUUUCCUUUGUAAAUACUGUACUACUAUAACUAAACAACCUUUCUUUGAACAUCUUUGUACUUCCUCUGUUCAUUCAGAUAAGAACAUAAAUCAGUGCCAUUGUUAUUCUCUGAGAUAGGUCUAGGCCUGAAACGUCAGCUUUCCUGCUGCUCUGAUGCUCUUGGCCUGCUUUGUUCAUCCAGCUUCACACCUUGUACCCCAUUGUUAUUCUCUGCUGCUCAUAUUAAGGCGGAAUACCUAAUGGUGUGGAAGUGAGUUAGGGAGCAGAAACAAUAGGGUGAUUGUGUUGCUGAGUUAGAAAUCCAGCUGUAUAAACCCAUGAUCUAGAAACAAGAGUUCAGAUCACAUCACACAUUCCAUCUGGUUCACCAAUGACCUUAAUUUAGUCUGAUCUAUUUGAGAGAAGAUUCAGAGCGACGUGGCUGACUUUUAACUACCUUUGAAUUAAACUAGCAAGUUGCUCAGUUAAAGGCAAUUAGGGAAACUGCAGGAGGGGACACACAAACCAUUGACUGAAGUGGCUAACCGCCCAUUAGACAAGCUUGCCCUUGAAUGGCCAACAACAGAGCCCAGAGGAUUAAGCAUUGAUUGCAUGAGACUUUCAGAGAAAAUGACCCAUACCAGACAGCCCUCAGUGUAGGCUAAUAUGUGGAAACAAGUAAUUAAACUGAAAUUAUGACAUUACUGUGACAUUAUCAGCUGACAAGCAGAUAUUACCUUGCAUACUCUGAGGGUGGGUGGGUAAAAGUUUAUUUAUGCCACUGACACAUUAAAAUAAAGGAAGUAUCUAGGUAUGCUGAUGUCAUUGCACUUAAAGGAAAUAGCAGUGGAUAAUGAGGUGACAAUUGGUUUCCAGAAGGAAAAUCUGUUAAUGAAAGCAUCACUGUUUGCACAGACAAAAUGGAGGAAUUUUUGGAACCAGGAGCUGGAAUAGACCAUUUGGCUGCUCAAGUUUACUCUGCCAUUCAGUACGUCCAUAGUGAUCCUCUGUCUCAGUGACGUAUUCACACUUUCUCACCGUAUGUUGACAGGGCUGUUAAGAAGGCAUACAGUGUUUUAGCUUUUAUUAAUAGAGGGAUUGAGUUCUGGAACCAAGAGGUUAUGGUGAAGCUGUACAAAACACUGGUGCGGCCGCACUUGGAGUGUUGUGUACAGUUCUGGUCACUGCAUUAUAAGAAGGAUGUGGAAGCUUUGGAAAGGGUGCAGAGGAGAUUUACUAGGAUGUUGCCUGGUAUGGAGGGAAGGUCUUACGAGGAAAGGCUGAGGGACUUGAGGCUGUUUUCAUUAGAGAGAAGAAGGUUGAGAGGUGACUUAAUUGAAACAUAUAAAAUAAUCAGAGGAUUAGGUAGGGUGGAUAGGGAGAGCCUUUAUCCUAGGAUGGUGACGGCGAGCACGAGGAGGCACAGCUUUAAAUUGAGGGGUGAAAGAUAUAGGACAGAUGUCAGAUGUAGUUUCUUUACUCAGAGAGUAGUAAGGGAAUGGAACGCUUUGCCUGCAAUGGUAGUAGAUUCGGCAACUUUAGGCACAUUUAAGUCGUCAUUGGACAAGCAUAUGGACGUGCAUGGAAUAGUGUAGGUUAGAUGGGCUUGAGAUCGGUAUGACAGGUCGGCACAACAUCGAGGGCCGAAGGGCCUGUACCGUGCUGUAAUGUUCUAUGUUCUGUGUACCCUUUGACAACUUUAAAAUCUAAAAAUUUACCUACCCUUUCUUGAACACAUUCAGUGACUUGGCCUUCACAGCCUCCUGUGAUAAGCAAUUCCAGAGGCUCACUGCUGUUUAAGUGCAGAAAUCCUUCCUGCUUUCUGUUCUAACUGGCUGACCCCAUAUAUCUGAGACUGUGACCCCGAUUCUAGUCUGCCCAAUCAGGGAAUUGAUGUAUUCAUUGACUGGUGUGUGAAAAAUUCAGAUUUUUUUUAGAGCAUUUAAAUGAUACUCUGCAUUUUUGUUUUUACACCAAAGUGCAUAUGUGGUGACAUUUAACCAGAUUGCACUGUAUUUGCCCACUCACUCAACGUGUCUAAGUCGCCUCCUCACAUUUUGCAUUCCACCCAGUUUUGUGACAUUAGCAAAUUUGCAAAUUUUGCAUUUGGUUCCCUCAUCCAGAUCAUGUGUAUAUAUUGUGAAUAGCCCAAGCGCUGAUUCUUGCUAUACUCUAGUAGUCACUGCCUGCCAUUCAGAAUAAUACCAAUAAUUCCCACUCUCAGUUGCCUGUCCGUCAAAUAAAAAUCAAUCCAUACCAGUACAUUAUUCACAAUCUUGCAUUAUUUUUGCCCACUAACUUCUUAAGUGGGACCUUAUCAAAAGUCUGAAAAUCCAAAUGCACCACAUCCACAGAUUUUCUAUUCCACUAGUUACAUUCUCAAAAACUCUAGUAAAUUUAUCAAGCUUGAUUUGCCUUUCUUAAAUCUAUUCCGGCUUGUUCAAUCUCAUCAAUUCUCUCCAAAUGUUCUGUGAACACCUGCUUGAUAAUUGACUCCAGAAUUUUCCCAAAUACUGAUGUUAGGCUAACCGAUCUGUAAAUCUCUUUUUCUCUCUUUGCCUUAUUAAAUAGUGGGAUUACAUUUGCUACCGUCCAAUCUAUAGGAAUGUGGAGAAGAUGUUUUCACUAAUAGGAUAGACCAUGACCCAAGGGUACAGCCUCCGAGUGAAGGGACCACACUUUAGAAUUGAGAUGAGGAGGAAUUUCUUCAGUCAGAAGGUGGUGAAUCUGUGGAACUCAUUGCCACGGAAUGCAGCCGAGCCAAGUCAUUGAGUGUAUUUAAGACGAGAUAGAUAGGUUCUUGAUUGGUAAGGGAGUCCAGGGCUACAGAGGAUAGGCAGGAGAACGGGGUUGAAAAAAAUCAUGACUGAAUGGCAGAGCAGAUUCGAUGGGCCAAAUGACCACCUUCUGUACUUACAUCUAAUGAUCUUAUGGAUAACCCUGAGCAACGUUUUCUGCCUUUGGGUGCUUCUUAUCUCUAGCCAUACGAAUUUCACAUCAUGAUUUCCAAGCCAAUAUUCUUCCUCACUACUACAUUGUAGUAGAAAGGAAAUUUCAAGUUAUAAUUGGAGAAUAAAGCUGACGUUUUCUUUAAAAAAAGCUGUGUCUUGGGAUGUGGGCACAGCUGGCUGGGCCAGCAUACAUUGUCCAUUUAUUGUAGAUUCGGAACCUUUUAUAGAAAUUGUCACAUUUUACUUUCUAACUAUUUUGAGCAUCAUAUCCUCAAUGUCAAACUACAUCCAAAAGCAAAUUGAAAAUGAUAGAUACUUCUUGGCCUGCUGUGUUCAUCCAGCUUGACACCUUGUUAUCCUGAAAAUGAUUGCUUGUGUUUUUCUUUUAAUUGGGAAAUGGAAAACCAAGAAAGUUGACAAUAUUUACAGUUUAAAAAAAAAGAAAAUCCUGUAGUGGUUAUAACUUUGAGUCUGGAUCAGCAGUAUUUAGGAGAAUGAGAUGAUUAUUCAGUGUCUGUCUGAAGUAUCAGUUAACUACUGCAGUGAGAGUGCCUAUUGUCAUAAAACAGAAAUUAAAAAUAUCAUUACAAAUACAGGGUCAAAAGUGAGAUUGCAAUUGAAUUUUAUAACUGGAGGAAAAAAUUACUAUUGGCAGUAAGUUUAGUAGCAUUGUAAAUCCAACAAAGAAUUCAAAUACAAUUUUGUUAGUCACACUAUAUGUACACUAAAUGUCUCUAUGUACACUGUUAUUCCUAACCAUAAAAUAUGUUAUUGUACUGUAUAUUGUACUCAAUGAAUAGUGAAUCUCCUACAAAAGACAAUCCCCAUAUAUCAAAUGUAUCAGUUAACCCAUGACCUUUUGCUUCAUUCAUAUUGGGGGAGGGGUUCGUGGUUUAUUAGCUACAGAAGUUUCAGUAUGGAGGAAGAACCUGGUGGUUAGAGGGACCCCAUCCUGAAAAUGGUCGACAGUCAUCUAGAAAGCUCACUGUCAGCAACCUUCUCGUGAUUGUUUCACAAUUGCUGUUUCCUCAUUUAAACAAUCAGAAGCAAAUGGCUUAAGUAACGGUAGUGUUGUAGAACAGAAUGACCUAAGGGUUCAGGAUACAUAAUUCUUUGAAAUUUGCGUCACAGGCAGACAGGGUGGUUAAGAAGGCAUUUACUUGCCUUCAUUGCCUAGACUUUUGAGUAUAGGAGUUGGAUGUCAUGUUGAUGUAGUACAGUAUGUUGAUGAGGCCUCUUCUGGAGUACUGUGCGUGGUUCUGGUCACCCUGUAAUAGCAAGGAUAUUAUUGAGCUGAAGAGGGUUCAGAAAAAAAGUUUGCCAGAUAUUGCCAGGAAUGGAGGGUUUGAGAUACAAAAAUAAGACUGGAUAGGCUGUAACUUUUUUCACUGGAGGCUGAGGGAUGACCGUAUAGAGAUUUAUAAAACCAUGAGGGGCAUUGACAAGGUGAAUGAGAAAAUGUCAUCUGCCUAAGGUGGGAGAAUUCAAAACUAGGGAACAUUUUUUUAGGUGAGAGGAGAAAGAUUUAGAAAGGUUAUGAAGGGCAACUUUUCUACACAGUGAGUGGUUAGUGUGUGGAACAAACUGCCAGAGGAAGUGAUGGAUGCAGGUAUAGUUUCACCAUUUAAAAGCCAUUUGGAUAAUCACUUGAAUAGGAAAGGUUUGUAAGGAUUUAGGCAAAAUGCAGACAGUUGGAACCAGUUUAGUUUGGGACCAUGGCCAGCAGGGACUAUUUGAACCAAAGUGUUUGUUUCCAUGCUGUAUGUCUCUACAACUCUUAACUGCCCUGUUGAAUUCAGUACCAAGGCCAACAACUAAUGAGACUGCCCUGUCGGCUCUCCAGAACUGGUAAGCCCAUAAGACAUAGGAGCAGAAAUUAGACCAUUUGACCCAUCAAGUCUGCUCCGCCAUUCAAUCAUGGCUGAUAAAUUCCUCAACCCCAUUCUCCUGCUUUCUCCCUGUAACCCUGGAUCCCCUUGAUAAUCAAGAAUCUAUCUAUCUCAGUCUUAAAUGUACUCAGUGACCUGGUCUCUGCAGCCUUCUGUGGCAGUGAAUUCCAUAGAUUCACCACUCUCUGGCUGAAGAAGUUUCUCCUUAUCUCCAUUCUAAAAGGUCUUCCCUUUACUCUAAGCCUGUGCCCUUGGGCCCUAGUCUCUCCUACCAAUGGAAGCAGCUUCCCAACACCCACUCUGUCCAGGCUACUCAGUAUUUUGAAAGUUUCAAUUAGAUUCCCCCUCAUCCUUCUAAACUCCAAUGAGUAUAGUCUAUGAGUCCUCAAACGUUCUCAUAUGUUAAGCUUUCCAUUCCUGGGAUCAUUCUCUUGAACCUCCUCUGAACCUGCUGCAGGGCCAGUACAUCUUUCCUGAGAUAUGGGGCCCAAAACCGCACACAAUACUCCAAGUGUGGCCUGACCAGAACCUUAUAAAGCCUCAGCAGUACAUUCUUGCUUUUAUAUUCAAGUCCUCUCAAAACAAAAGCCAACAUUGCAUUUGCCUUCCUGGCUACUGUCUCAACCUGCAUGUUUACCUUGAGAGAAUCCUGGGCUAGAACUCCCAAGUCUCUUUGCACUUUAGACUUCUGAAUUUUCUCCCCACUUAGAAAAUAGUCCAUACCUCUAUUCUUACCAAAGUGCUUGACCUAACACUUUCCCACGUUGUACUCCAUCUGCCAUUUCUUUGACCACUCUCCUAACCUGUCGAAAUCCUUCUGCAGCCUCACCACCUCCUCAAUACUGCCUGUCCCUCCACCUAUCUUUGUAUCAUCUGCAAACUUAGCCAGAAUGCCUGCAUCUAGACCAUUAAUGUACAAAGUUAAGAGUUGUGGGUUCCAGCACUGACCCUUGUGGAACACCACUCAUCACCGGCUGCCAUCCUGAGAAAGACCCCUUUAUCCCUACUCGUCAUGCUUUCUGCCAGACUGCCAAUCUUUUUUCCAUGCUAGCACCUUGCCUCUAACACCGUGGGCUCUUAUCUUACUCAGCAGCCUCCUGUGUGGCACCUUAUCAAAGGCCUUCUUGAAGUCCAGGUAGAGAUGGUAUGGAUUUCAAACCCUCAGGGAUAUUACAUAUAUCUGACCUGAUCUACAUUUCCACACUAAAACAUGUCUCAAAAACAUGUCUUUUAUGCAAGUAUACAUGAUACCUGGAAUUGUCCUUUCUAACUAUUUAUAUCCAUUUCUUUGGUAUGUUGAAGAUUUCCUUUUGUUUAGAAAGGUUCCUUAAAAACUGGCAAGCACUCAUGUUCUGAAAUGUAGCAUAAUUUCUAAAGCAAUUUAUUUCAUUUCUCAUGUUUGAAAUAUAAAAUGUUUAUUGUAAUAGUGCUGAAUGUUAAAUUUUCAAAAUAUGUUUUUCGACAAGUACACCUUGCUUCUGCUUGCACAUUCAACAUUCAAUAAAUGAGACUUCUGGGAUUUAUUUCUGCAACAAAUAAAGUACAGGGCUACAUGCAGUAUUUAAAAAAAAAGAAUAUUGCACAAGAUGCCAUUAUUGUGUUCAGUUGGCCCAUAGUCAACAUACGUUUCUGUUCUUCAGGAAUUUGUGCACAGACUGAUCAGAACUUCUCCCUUAUUCUUGGUUUAGCUUUGAAAAUCUGGAGUCUAUAAUGCAAUAGCAAAAAAUAAUUAUGAAACAAAACACAAGGGCAUUUAAUGGUAUUAUUGAAACAACUUUGGCAUAUUCACUUUCCUUAACACCCAGCAGCUGGCACCCUUUUCAAGUAACAGUACAGGAUCUAAGGGAUUUCCAAUGUAAUGUAAUCUAUUUUUGUGAUGUAAGAUUACUAUAAAUGCAAACAAAUACCUUUCAACAAAUAACAGCCGCUGCCAAGAUUAUU